GUGAGCGACAGGGCACACCCCGACUCGGGCACGUGGAGUAGCUCCCCGAUUUUACCCAGCUUAACGCGGCUGUCUUCACAUCUUGACUUCCCUCCACCACCGCGUUCUGCAUAUGCAAUUCACCACGGCGUCUGCGUCGGCAGCAUCAGCGUGCCGGCCUUGAUUUCCCCACGAUCCCGCACAUGGACGGCGAUGAUUUGCGGAGGCUGCAGAUCCUCAGACCAGACCUGCAGCUCCAGGAUGGCCGCUUCGAGCAAUCCGAGGAUGCCCAACUGGGCGUGGGAGUAUACUCCGCGCCAACCAGGCACGCGCAACAGCUCACCGCGGCGCGACAGGGUGGACGGCUACGGGGCUUCGGCGGCGCUGCUGUGGCAUGUGUCCUGGCGUCUUCUUGCGCCAUGAUUGUGGCAUUCGCGCGGAGCGGUGUUGCGUGCUCACUGAUCUCAGACGGCUGCCGGUGACAUCGUCGUCGCCAGCAGCCGCUAGCCGGAUCUGCGUUGCAGUGG